AUGAUGUCUGUUAUGUCGGCAACGGAGAGCAAUGCAGGUAGGUUGGCCUAUGAUGAUCAAUUUGAUGAGAUGCACAACUUGGGGGGUCUCUUCACCCCCCAGGAGCUACCACUCGAUGAUUCGUUCGAACAAGAUUUCGAUCACCUUUCAGGAUUUCUUGAUCUACAUGGGUUACAGGGUGCUGGUGGCACUGGUGACAACGGUACCCCCAAUACACAGGCUUCUACUCCUAUCCCCAGCAGUGAGAAGAGACCACCAUUGGCGAGAAGGGCUAGAUCAAAUCCGUUCUACUGCCCAUCACGACAAAUCAUGAAUUUAGUACAAAAGAAAAAGAUUUCAAAGAAAAUCAAGAAGGAAAAUUCAGAUGCUUUCAUAUCGAUGCUCUCAUUAUCACAAUCCGACUCUCAGUCUCAACAGGUAAUGCCACGAGAAUUUGAAGAGAAGGUUAAAGAUGCCGGUUCAUCUUACAAUACCCAAACUGAGGGUUCUCCGUAA